AUGGAACACUUAGAGAAAGAACGCAAGGAAGAUAUGGCUAAGUUUAAGAAUGAACUAAAGGUGGGCAAGGUCAAAGUGAAUUUUGAAGACUUUGACGGGGUAAAUGCCAUGGUUAUUACACUUCUACUAUUUUUCAAAGGUCGGCCGGAACAACCUAAUUAUAUGGACGGAGAUGUGUUCGAUGAGGUUGAGUCCAUGGUCCAAAUGGAGAGGGCCAAAGAAAUUGAGGUGACCCAAGAAAUUUCAAAGGAAGGGAAUACCCAACCUUGCAUCGUGGUGCCCAAAACGAAGGAAAAGUUGCCUGAGAAGGUGUGCUAUGAGAUGCCCGCCAAUUAA